AAUUUGGUCACAUGCUACGAAAGUGUGGUUUCAUGGCGUAUACAAUGCAAGUGAUUUCACACCUUAAACCUUAACCUUCUCCAACUAUUUUUGUCUUUCAGAAGUGAAAUGGCAAUUCGUUGUUUCAUCAGAAAAUGGGAAACAUGUCGUAUGACAUCAAUUUUCCUCAAACACUUCACAUCAAAUACAACUAUAACCAGCAACCCAAUCAGAGACAACAUUUCAUCUGCAUUGUCUUUGAGAUACGUGUAUGGUGGUUUUAGAGAAUACCACGACGGAAGACCAAGGGGUCCUCUUUGGAGAGGAAAGAAACUCAUUGGCAAAGAAGCUUUGUAUGUGAUUAAUGGGUUGAAAAGGUUUAAAGAUGAUGAAGAAAAGCUUCCCAAGUUCAUCAAAAGUCAUGUCUUGCGGUUAUUGAAGAUGGAUUUGAUUGCUGUUCUUACCGAACUUGAGCGUCAACAGGAAGUUUCUCUUGCUCUCAUGGUGUUUAAGGUGUUGCAAAAGCAGGACUGGUACAAGCCUGAUAUAUUUCUGUAUAAGGACUUAAUUAUUGCGUUGGCAAGGGCUAAAAGAAUGGAUGACGUGUUGCAAAUGUGGGAAAGCAUGAAGAAGGAGGAUCUGUUCCCUGAUUCUCAGACUUAUACUGAAGUCAUAAGGGGCUUCUUAAGUAGUGGAUCUCCUGCAGAUGCGAUGAACAUAUAUGAGGACAUGAAGACUUCUCCGGAUCCACCAGAAGAGUUGCCGUUCAGAAUUUUGUUGAAAGGGCUUCUGCCACAUCCUCUUUUGAGAAAUAAAGUGAAACAAGAUUUCGAGGAGAUCUUUCCUGAUUCCAGUAUUUAUGAUCCACCACAAGAGAUAUUUGGCGCACGCUGAGAUAGUUGCUCCUUGGAGACAUGAUGCAUUGUGGAAGAAUCAGGAAUGUGCAACAAAUGUGGAACUAGUAGCUGUUUUUGUCUGCAGUCAUUCAAGUUUUGAGCGCAUUGCUGGUUUCUGUGCUUGCGCUUGUUGGUAGAUCAAAGAUUGACAUUACUAUUUAUCAUCAGAGUCCUCACUUAAUGAAAAGUAAUGCUUUGGUGUUGAAACUGAUUGAACUUUAUUCAGUGCAAAAGAUCUUAAUGCUCUUUUUCAGUUUCAUCCAUCUAUCUUAUCUGCAAUGUACAAAUUGUUAUGGAAGGAAAUCAUCAGUAUGUUUCGCCUGGUAGUAUUUAUGAUGGAUAUUACAUUGCACAAUGAAGGUGUUGAAUGAUUGAGCUACUUGAUAUUUGUAUCUACAGGGUCAAUCCAAAUUGAUCUUGUUAGAGAUCUUCUAUAACAGACAUGCUUAUUUUUUGAAUGUGAAGUAGUGUAUCCAUUUCAAAUUCCAUUCGGA